UUCCAACAGUGGUAUCAAAGCCACAAAUUCUAACAGAAAGUACUCUAUUUAGACAUGCUCAAACUCGUUUACAGAACUGAAUCUAGGUUCAAAAUGUCCGGCAUUCAACACCACUUGGAAACCCUCCGAUCAUAACCUGUUUAUGCCAAAUCACUGUUGCUGCUGAUUUUGUUGCUGGUUCUGAGAGUUGGGUGGAGGCGGCAUGCCACGAGGCUGUCCAUACAAAGGAACACCACCAGGUGGAGGAGGCAUCCCAGGACGAGGCGGUGGACCUUGCAUUCCAGGCCGCGGCGGAGGCGGUGGACCCCUCAUCACCUGGCCAGGAGGCCCCAUUGGUCUCUGAGCAAACUGCAUUGGUGGAGGGCCUGGAAACUGAGGUGGACCGCGCUGGUAUCCCCUGGCCAUCUGCGGCGGCCCUUACUCUAUUUAGACUUUUGACUUGCUUUAAACCAUUCAUAGGCAUAUCCUUGAAUAACAUCAGGAAAGUUAAAAGGAACACAAAAACUUGGUUCAAAAAUUUCCUUAUCAAGUGAUAUUAGUUGUCGGUUAGGAAUUUCAGCUCUCACUGUUUAAAAAAAAUCAAAAGGUUAAAACAUGAAACAUGGGGCACUCAUUCAUAGGUGGAGUUUCUAUUGCAUUCAAAAGAAAAAGUGAAAAACUACAGGUCAAGUGUGGACCGACUUGCUGAAUGAGCUUCCCAAGUCAUUUUAAGUCUCCUCAAAACUAUUCAGAGAACUUAAAAAAUCAACCUCUUGCUUCAAAAUUGAUCCUCUCCUGGUGUAGAUUCCUCCUUCUGUGCAGCUUUAUUGGAUCGAGCACAACAUCAUGAAAGCAGUUCAGGAGACUCCUCUGCAUCUCCUCCUUCAUAUAUUCUUGCUCUUUUUGCUACCAUUGCAGGCCACGUCAUCACAAAGAAUACAAGCUGAAGCUCUCCUAAAAUGGAAGAACAGCUUUGCUUCUUCACCACCUUCCCUGAAUUCAUGGUCGCUCACAAACCUAAACAACCUGUGCAACUGGUCUGCCAUUGUCUGCAACCACAAUACCAAAACAGUUUCCGAAAUUCACCUUGCAAACUUCAACAUCACCUCAGCACUAACACAGUUCAAUUUCAACAAGUUUUUCGAUCUCACCCAUUUCAACGUCAGUGGCAACAAUUUCUCAGGGCCUAUACCAUCUGCCAUUGGCAACCUCACCAAGCUCACAACCUUGGAUUUGGGAAACAAUACCUUGGAACGAGAAGUGCCUGCGGAAAUGGGCAAGUUAACGGAGCUUCAUUUUCUAAGUCUCAACAACAACUAUCUCAGUGGUACCAUUCCCUAUCAGCUGGACAAUCUCAAAAAGGUACAAUAUUUGCUUCUUGGAGGUAACCACUUAGACACUCCUGACUGGUCUAAAUUUUCAGGCUUUCCUUUGUUGAGCUACCUUGAUCUUUAUGGGAAUAAUUUAGAUUCAGAGUUCCCAGAAUUUAUAUCUGAAUGUAGGAACUUGACCUUCCUGGAUUUGUCUGGAAAUCUUUUCACUGGCCAAAUACCAAAAUUGGUAGUUACCAACCUGGUCAAGCUUGAAUCUCUCAAUCUCACCGAUAACCGAUUCCAAGGGCCAUUCCCAUAUAACUUUCCCAACAUUAAGCACCUUUAUUUGGAAUCGAACAACUUUAGUGGUCCAAUUCCGGAAGAUAUUGGUUUGAUAUCUGGUCUUCAAUUUAUUAGCCUUUAUAACAAUUCCCUUGAAGGCAAAAUCCCAUCCUCUGUAGGCCAACUCAGGGAGCUUCAGCACCUAGACCUUGGAAGGAAUUCCUUGAACUCUUCAAUCUCUUCUGAGCUUGGUCUUUGUACCAACCUAACUUAUUUGUCCUUGGCUAUGAAUAAACUCAGUGGGAAAAUUCCAGAAGAAAUUGGCCUGUUGACAAAACUUGAUCUCCUCUGGCUGAGCAGAAACAAUUUCUCUGGAUCAAUUCCCUCAGAGAUAGGAAACUUGAAUGUUUUGAGACAAUUGUACCUUGGGGGAAACCAGCUCUCAGGGCCGAUUCCUAUGAAAUUCUGGAACCUCACAAAUCUUCAGAAGCUUUCUUUAGGAAACAAUAGCUUCAAUGGGAAAAUUCCAGCAGAAAUUGGCCUGUUGACAAAACUUGAUAUCCUCUGGCUGUACGAAAACAAUUUCUCUGGAUCAAUUCCCUCAGAGAUAGGAAACUUGAAAGUUUUGAUAGAGUUGGACCUUUCGUUGAACCAGUUCACAGGGCCGAUUCCUAUGAAAUUCUGGAACCUCACAAAUCUUCAAAGUUUGGACCUUUACAACAACAGCCUUUGCGGCCCAAUCCCCCCAGAGGUUGGAAACAUGACUUCCAUGGUUGACUUUCAAGUCAGCAUAAACCAACUUGAAGGGGAGUUGCCAAAAACUAUUUCUCACCUAAGAAAACUAGAGUGGUUUUCCGUUUUCACUAAUAGGUUUUGGGGUACCAUUCCCAGUGAUUUCGGGAAGUAUAGUCCUAACAUGAUAUAUAUUGACUUGGCAUGGAACAGCUUCUCUGGAGAAUUGCCGCCCGAGUUGUGUAGUGGAUUUUCUUUGCAGGGAUUCUUUGUGCACAAUAACAACUUCACAGGGCCAUUGCCUGAGUGCUUGAGAAAUUGUUCUGCAUUAAUUGGAGUCUGGGUUGAAGUAAACCAAUUCACCGGAAACAUCACCAAUGCAUUUGGUGUUCAUCCCCAUCUUGAAGUAAUUUAUCUUAGUCACAACAAGUUCGUUGGUCAACUCUCGCCACAAUGGGGAGAGUGCAAAAACAUCACGGAUAUGCAAAUGGAUGGAAAUAGAAUUUCUGGUCAAAUCCCACCUGAGCUUGGGCAGUUAAGACAAUUGCAGAAGCUAAACCUAGGCUCUAAUGAAUUCAGUGGGGAAUUUCCAGUUGCCAUUGGGAAUCUAAGCUUGUUGUUCUAUCUCAGUCUCAGCAGGAACUACUUGACAGGAGUUAUCCCUCGGUUUCUUGGCAAAUUGACAAGGCUUGAGUUUCUUGAUUUGUCUGAUAAUAAUUUUACAGGGGUAUUACCAGUCGCCCCUGGAACGUUUCAGAGGUUAACAAGCUUGAACAUAAGCCACAACAAAUUAUCAGGUGGAAUACCAGAGGAGAUUGGUAAUCUACACCUGCAGUACUUGUUGGACCUAAGCAGCAAUACAUUCUCGGGAUCACUACCAUUAAACCUUGCCAAGCUUAUAAUGUUGGAGAUUCUAAAUGUCUCGCAUAACCAACUCUCCAGGAAUAUACCAUCAACAUUUUCCAGAAUGGCUAGUCUUGUCGGCAUUGAUUUUUCUUACAACAACUUGACAGGUCCAAUCCCAACUGGUGGCAUUUUCCAAAAGAAGCUUCCUAAUAAUGCUUUCAUUGGAAAUAGUGGUUUGUGUGGUGAAACAGAGGGACUAACUCCAUGCACUUCAGGUCCCAAAAAGUCCAACAAGAAAAUUCUUGUUGGCGUCCUUGUUCCCAUUUGUGGUUUAUUGCUGUUGGUAACCAUAUCUGCUGUAGUUCUUAAGACCUGCAAGAAAUCAAAUCUCGGAAAAAUCGAUCAUCCUAAGGUGUCUAAAAGUUUUGAUUCAAUUAUUUGGGGAAGACAUGGUAAACUGACAUUUUCUGAAAUCAUCACUGCCACCGAGAACUUUGAUGAAAAGUACCUCAUUGGAAGAGGAGGUUUUGGAAGUGUCUACAAGGCUGUGUUGGACAGACGCAGAGUCGUUGCAGUUAAGAAAUUGAAUAUGUCAGUAGAUUCUAGUGACGACAUUCCAGAAUUGAAUCGCAAGAGUUUUGAAAAUGAGAUAAGAACCUUGACAGAAGUGAUGCACAGAAAUGUAAUAAAACUUUAUGGAUUCUGUUCCUGGAAGGGGUGCUUGUACUUGGUGUAUGAAUAUGCAGAGAGAGGCAGUUUGAAAAUGGUAUUUUAUGGAGUGGAGGGCGAAGCAGAUGUACUUGGCUGGGGCACAAGGGUGGAAAUUGUGCAAGGAAUAGCUGAUGCUAUUUCUCACUUGCAUAAUGACUGCUCUCACCAAAUCAUUCACCGCGACAUAACUUUGAGCAACAUAUUAUUAAAUCGGGAUUUCGUGCCAUGGCUAUCAGACUUUGGAACAGCAAGACUAUUGAGCUCAGAUUCCUCAAACUGGACUGCUGUAGCGGGGUCUUAUGGCUACAUGGCUCCAGAGCUCGCAUUCACAAUGCAAGUGACAGAUAAGUGUGAUGUAUUCAGCUUUGGAGUGGUGGCAUUAGAAAUUAUGAUGGGAAGGCAUCCAGGGGAGCUACUGACUUCUCUAUCGGAAAAUGGAGAUAUGCUUUUGAAGGAUUUGCUAGACCAAAGACUUCGGUCUCCUUCAAGUCAAUUAGCAGUGCGACUGGUUUCCUUGUUAACAGUGGCCUUGGCCUGCACCAGCACUAAUCCGGAUUCACGACCAACCAUGCAUUUUGUGGCAAAAGAACUGUCAUCAGCCAGGACCCGGAGUAGCCUUUCUGACCCGUUCAGUACGGUAACCAUCAAUAAAUUGGCAAAUUUUCAUAACUAGGAAGUUGCUGGAAUAAAUAAAAAAAGGUUUAACUACUAAAUCCCUUCUCCAAAAUUGAAAUAGUCUUGCAUUUCCUCUAGUUUCUGGUUAUUUGAUGAAUAAAUGUAUUAUUCUAGUGCCAGCAAUGGUAUAAUAAGUAGUAUUUCUGUUGAUGUAAAACUCAAGUAAC